AAGGCUCAGAGGCAGAAGCGCUCGCAGGGCUCCUCGCAGUUCCGCAGCCAGAGCAGCCAGGUGGAGCUCUCGCCGCUGCCCCAGCUCAAAGAUGCCACCUUCAAUGAACAGCAAGAUCUUUUUUGUCAGAAGUUGCAACAGUGUUGUGUACUCUUUGACUUCAUGGACUCUGUUUCAGACCUGAAAAGCAAAGAAAUUAAGAGAGCAACACUGAAUGAACUGGUUGAAUAUGUUUCAACAAAUCGUGGAGUGAUUGUUGAAUCAGCUUAUGCUGACAUAGUGAAAAUGAUUAGUUCUAAUAUUUUCAGAACGCUUCCACCUAGUGAUAAUCCAGAUUUUGAUCCAGAAGAAGAUGAACCAACUCUUGAAGCCUCAUGGCCCCACAUACAGUUGGUGUAUGAAUUUUUCCUGAGGUUUUUGGAGAGCCCGGAUUUUCAGCCUAGCAUUGCAAAGCGAUAUAUUGACCAGAAAUUUGUACAGCAG